UUGUUAACAUUAUUUGAGAAUUGGAUGUCAAAUUUUUGCUAAACUAUAUAUCUGUUCUCAAAACCGCCCGGAGCCUCGAGUUCGAACAGCAACAAUACCGGUGCCCAAUAAAGUAAGGUUAGGUUAAUAGGUUUACCGACAAUACAAGAUCUGGUCAACAACAACAAUGGGUAGUACAGUAAAUGGUACCUCUGGUGGCACUCAGAGCACUGAUAGCCAAAAUCAUAGUCAAACAGGUAAUGAUAAUAAUACACCGACAGUACCGACAACAGCGACUGCGGCGGCGGCACCGACACCAGGAGGUAGUAGCGAUGGACAGCAAAAUCCACAACAACAGAAUAGUCAAGUGGGCGAUGGCGCCGACCGGUGUCCCAUAUGUCACGAUCCGGUAACCGAUCGGGCAGUCAUUAAUGAAUGUUUGCACGAAUUUUGUUUGGUAUGUCUGAACCAUUGGUCCAACCAAAACAACACUUGUCCGGUAUGUCGACAACCGUACACACAAGUCAUAUCCAAUAUCCGAUCGGACAGUGAGUACGACUUGAAUCCUAUAGCCUAUCAGCCGUUUAAUGCACACCAGUAUUUGAUGCAAUUUAUGGGAGGAGGAAGAAGACGUCGGCGACGUCGUCGACGACGACGACGACCACCGACUGUAAACAGAAGUCGAUCGCGAAGUACAAGACGUAGAAGAAGAGGUCGUCGACAACAAACAAGAGAAAGGACAGCAAACAGAAGACACGGACAACGACGAAGAAGGAGAAGAAGCUGAAGAAGAAGAGUGAAUUGUAUAGUAAUUGUAUUGGUUUUUGUUUGUGACGACUGAUUAUCGACUGUCCGUCCAAUUUGGCCACCAAUUUCAGUUCAGUGGGUUUUUUUGUGGACAUUUUGAAAACAUAUAUAGAUUUUACAAAUAAAUUAUUA